CCAUUCCUGUUCCUGCAACGCUGCUGCCGUCUGUCAGUGCGCCAAAGCCUGCUUAACCUAUUUUCAUUUCGAUGGAAUAUAAAAUAAUUUAAUUGUAUAUUACUGGCUAAAUAAUAACUAAACAAUUUUAGUAAAUAAUGUAUUGAUAAACGAGUAGUAGUUCUAAUCAUUCGAAAUCGACACAAUGGCGCUAGGAAUAAUGCUACAGUAUAUAAGCGAUUUUCAAUAUUAUAUGGACAAAUAUGGAGAUCCUAGGACAAAUCCAUGGUUCCUGAUGAGUUCCCCAUUUCCUACAUUAUUAAUAUGUCUAAGCUAUGUCUAUCUAGUCAAGGUUUUAGGACCACGAUUUAUGGAGAAUAGAAAACCCUAUGAACUAAAAAAUGUUCUAAUAUUAUAUAACUUCUUACAAGUAGUAUUCAGUGCGUGGCUGUUCUAUGAGAUCGGAGCUGCUGGCUGGUUCACAGGCAGGUAUAACUUUCAAUGUCAGCCGGUCGACCACUCCAAACAUCCACAAACAAUGAGGAUGGUUCACGCAUGUUGGUGGUACUACUUUUCCAAGUUCACUGAAUUCUUUGAUACGGUAAGUUUUAACGUGUUUCCUAAGCAUAAAUCUCGUAUAAUGCUUUUACAGUACAUAGGUACUUUACAUAUUAUAAUUAUGUAGCCCUAAAUCGUCAUUAGUUAAAAUAUUUGCCCUCCAUACCGAUUUCAACAAUAUUUUAGUCGUACUUGAAAUGAACUCAUCACUAACGUAGGUAACGUUAUCAUCGUAUGUUUGUGAUAAGCACGUUUGGCAAUACUCGAUAUCAUAUCUCUGUAGUUUCACAAAACAGGUUCGCACAAGGGAGUCUCAAUAUUGCUAAAAGUUGUA